UUUUUUUUUUUGACUAACAAAAUUUAAUUUUGAUCCGAACUCUUAUCAAAAAUAUUGCAAAACUUUUCCAAAAUGUUACCUUCUCGUAACCUUCCCAGCGAUGUGAAAACUGAGUUGAACAGCAUUGCGAAGAAGCUCGUCGCCAAUGGAAAGGGUAUUUUAGCAGCCGAUGAAUCAGUUGGAAAUGUAGGCAAACAUUUCUCUGAAAUCGGCGUAGAGAACACAACGGAAAACCGUCGCUUAUACCGACAACUAUUAGUGACUACUGCUCCCGAUAUUGCGCCAUAUAUAUCUGGUGUAAUUCUGUUUGAGGAAACUUUAUACCAGAAAACAGACAACGAUGUACUGUUUGUUAAUGUACUGCGUGAUAAUGGAAUUAUAGCUGGUAUUAAAGUAGAUAAGGGGCUAUCGCCGUUAGACGGUACAGAAAAUGAAACGACAACCUUAGGCUUAGAUGACUUAGAUGAGCGCUGUUCAAAAUACAAAAGGGAUGGUGCAGAUUUUGCUAAAUGGCGUUGUACACUUAGGAUUAGUGACAAAACUCCAACACGUAAGGCACUACUGGAAAAUGCAAAUGUGUUAGCGCGUUAUGCUGAUAUUUGCCAACAAAAUCGCAUCGUGCCAAUUGUUGAACCAGAAGUGCUUACAGAGGGUGACCAUAAUUUGGAACGUUCACGAACAGUUGCCGAAAAUGUUCUGAAUCAUGUGUUUGCUGCUUUGUCUGACUUUGGCGUAUACUUACCAGGCAUUUUGCUGAAAACUCAAAUGGUUCUGCCGGGUAAUACGUGCCCAUUCAAAUUUACAACAGAAGAUAUAGCUGCAGCUACAACAGAAGCUUUGUCUAGCCGAGUGCCAGCAGCUGUACCUGGAGUUGUGUUUCUAUCUGGUGGUCAAUCAGAAGAAGAUGCGACUGUUAACUUAAACUCCAUUAACGCGCUUCAAAGCUGCCAUUGUAAGCCAACUGCUGAUCACGAGAGAUGUAAAUGUGAUAACACACCAGCAUUUCCCUGGAAAUUAACAUUUUCGUUUGGACGCGCAUUGCAAGCAUCUGUUUUGCGUGCGUGGAGUGGUAAGAAGGAAUCGGUUGAAUUGGCAAAAGGAGAACUGCUAAAGCGCUGUAGAGCCAACAGCUUAGCAACUCAAGGGGACUAUGAACCUGGAUCAAUCCCAACUUUUGCUGGCAACGUUAAUUUAUACACUGCAAAUCACAACUAUUAAACCGAGUUAUUCCCAGAAAUUUCUUCACAAUACAUCUACAGGUUACUGUAAUAAAAAAGUUAAGUUUUGCAAUAAAGUAGUUC